AUGGCAUUAUUUUUGGACCAAUCGUUCGAUUUAGUUAAAACAAUAGGUGCGGGAAGAGAAAGAGAUUUUAUUUUCAACACAAACAUGGUCCAGUUUACAGAUGUAACAACCGAGCAAACGUUGUCUUCUCUUGAACUGGAAAGAACAAACCAUCCAGAGGGACAGAGGAAAAGGAAGAGAACAAUUUUCAGCCGCGCUCAAUUGUCAGAACUGGAGCGCACUUUCGUGGUUACCCCGUACCCGGAUAUCACACUUCGCGAAAGACUGGCUGCACUCACACUGCUACCAGAAAGCAAAAUUCAGGUGUGGUUCCAAAACAGACGAGCUCGCAGUAUGAAAAGCAAGAAGCUUACCAGAGCACUUAGGAGAGUGAGUCCAAACAGGGCAGUGAGCUCGACCUCUUUACCUACAACUAGACUUCCAUCGACUUUCACCUCAGAACAGAAUUCUGUAGCUCCAGAACUGAGAGACAGACCUGAGAGAUAUCAAACGGCCAGCAGAGACUCCAACCACCAGCAACACAUCCUUAGACAAGCCCUGAGUCCCUGGUCUCAAAAUCUUCAGCAUCCAACACCACUCCAACCACCCAUUUCCCCAGACCUGCCUGGAGUUCUGCCCUGGGGGACCAGACACCCAGAUACAUCUGGAGCUUCAUCUUUCUCCAAUUGCCCAUCAGACAGGCCAGCCCAGUAUUCUUUCCAAAAUCAGUCAAGUGGUCUCUGGCAGAUGAACUGCUUCACAGCCCACCCUGAAGGUUUAACUGGACAUCAAGUGAAAUCGUAUUGUAGUGCCAAUCAGGCCGUAUAUUCCUCCAUGUCUGUGGACCAGGUGAUUCCUACACAUCAAGCCAGUUUGGAGGGAGCCCUAAAUAAACAGAAUCAGGCCCUGUCGUACUACCAUCAGACCUCGCUGGGAGAUAUCUCUGACCUCAUAUAUAGUGCAGCUGUAGUUACCAAUCUAGAAGACUGCUGA